GAGUUGUUGCGGCUGGGCCUGUUCGAGACGGACUACCGCUUUUACGCCAAGCACGCGGCUUGGCUGGCUGCGCUGUUCGUGUCCUCGCUAGCCCUGUCCCUGGGACUCGUGGGCGGUGGAGGCGCCGGCGGCCGCAUGCUUGGUGCCGCCAUCAUGGGUAUCUUCUGGCAGCAGCUGGCGGGCAUCGGCCACGACCUUGGCCACUCAGGCGUCUCCCACGACUUUGACUUCGACCACAAGAUCGGUUCGUUCCUCACGGGCCUGAUGGGCCUUUCGCUCUGCUGGUGGAAGUCGGACCACAACACCCACCACGGCAAGCCCGACUCGAUCAAUGGCACCUCCGUCUCUCUCACGGGGGCUCUCGAGGCGCCGAAGAAGGUCGAGGAUCUUUUGGCUCAGGCGAUCAAGUUUUCGUCCGACCCCGAGGUGCGCAAGUCACUUCAGGAACAGGACGUGGAGGGCGACGGUAAGGAGGCAGAUUCCCCCACAGCUGAUGCUCCAACGCAGGCAGCGGGCGCGGCAGGGGCGGAGGCUCAAUCAUCGGCCAAGCCGCCCGUCGCGACCGCUGCGGCGUCGCCAGCCGCUUCGGACGCCGAGAUCGAGAAGGAGAUGGAGCGCAUCAGGCAGGCCAAGCAGGCGGCGGAGACGGCUGCCAGCCAGGCCACGCCCACGCUGCAGACGGGUGCCGCGGCGGGCAGCGCCUCCAAUUGA